AUGGCUCGGUCAGAUAAGUAUGUGGACGCCGAAGAAACCCGAAUCCUGCGCGAGGCCGCUCAAAGCGCAAAAAUCUCAGCUAAAGAGUCAGUAAGAAAAGAAGUUGACACAGCUGGAGGUAAGAAGCGUAAGGAUGAUCGGCCUCGUGACGAACGUAGAUCGGGUAAGAGGCCUGACUAUAAAUUCUCCAUGUAUACUCUUCUUAAUAAGCCGCAAAAGCAGGUAUUGAUGGAAAUCAAGGGCGAAGGAUUCAUCAACUGGCCAGAUAAACUCCAAAGCAACUCGAAUCGGCGGAGCAAGAAUAAAUACUUCCAUUAUCAUCGCGACCAUGGGCACAAUACAAGUGACUGCUAUCACUUGAAAGAAAAAAUUGAAAGACUCAUUCGAGAAGGUUGUCUCAGAGGGCACGUUGAAAGAACUGGGACAACGGAAGAACGUUCGGGUGACAACCGACCAAUGGAGGAAAUUCGAACUAUUGUCAGUGGUCCUCGAGGCAGGAGCGAUUCAAAUAAUGCUCAGAAAAAUCAUGCGAGGAGCAUCAGUCGGCCUAUGUCUGAGAUCCUGAUUUUAGCUCAGCCUUUAAAAGAGAGGAAAAAGGAUAAGUACUGCAUAUCUUUUACAGAUGAAGACGCUCGGGGCAUUCACCAUCCGCAUAAUGACGCCUUAGUCGUCACCCUCACCAUAGCAAACCGCAAGGUGGUCCAUAUUCUUGUUGAUACAGGGUCAUCUGUGGAUGUAUUAUUUACUCAAGCAUUCGACAAAAUGGGCAUGGAACGAUCGGCAUUACGACCAGUUCACACCUCAUUGAUCAGAUUCUCAGGUGGACAAAUUCUCUCUGAAGGAGUCAUCUCAUUGCUACUCACUGUCGAAAAUUCCCUGCAUCAAGCGACAAUGAUAGUUGACUUUCUGAUAGUCGACCAACCGUCAGUCUAA